GUUGGUUUAAGGUUUUAUAGCCUUUUAUAGCCAGCUCUUGGAUAUGGGAUACAGCUACCUGGGAUACUCCUCACACUGUGCUCCUCAGAGAGCCCCCGGGGAGCUGGAGCACUGCAGCAGCCCCCCAUGGCUGGAAGAACGAGGCUGCUCUGCAGGCAGUGGGGGUGGAAGGUGCAAGAAGUCUAACCUUGGCAUCCCCCAGCCACAGGUGAGGCAGGAGCUGCACAGCUCUCUGCUGCAGGGAUGGAUGGAGGAUUCUGCAGGGCUGGCUCGGCAGUGCUGUGCUGGCAUGGAAUAACCUGAGACACUGUGCCUGGGAUGGAAGAAGUUUGGAGGAGGCCUGGGGGGGGACCUGGAUCUCUACAACUACCUGAAAAGAGCUUGGAGCCAGACCCCAAAGCCUUCCUCAUCUACAACACAGCUGCCCAGGGCUGCCUGGAGACGAAGGACUCUCUGGUGAGGCUCACCAAGGGCUGCAACGCCAGCGCCGCGGCCCAGCAGUGGAAAUGGGUCUCCCGGAACCGCCUCUUCAACGUGGGGGCCAUGCAGUGCCUGGGGGUGUCGUGGCACGGGGCCAACGCCACGGCAGGGCUGCACCCCUUGGCCACCUACGAGUGCGACCGCGAGUCCGUCAACAUGCGCUGGAGCUGCCGCGGGCUCGGCGAGCAGCUGGCUCAGCACCUCGGUGCCCGCCCAGCCAACGCCUCCCUGGACAGGGGCGACCAGGCGCGGGCAUCCCAGUGGAGGACCUACGGCACCGAGGAGGAUCUGUGCUCCGUGCCCUACUCUGAGAUUUACACCAUCCAGGGCAACUCCCACGGGAAGCCCUGCACCAUCCCCUUCAAGUACGACAACCAAUGGUUCCAUGAGUGCACCAGCACGGGGCGGGAGGAUGGGCACCUCUGGUGUGCCACCACCCAGGACUACGGCAAGGACGAGCGCUGGGGCUUCUGCCCCAUAAAGAGCAAUGACUGUGAGACCUUCUGGGACAAGGACCACCUCACCAACAGCUGCUACCAGUUCAACUUCCAGUCGACGCUGUCGUGGCGGGAGGCCUGGAACAGCUGCGAGCAGCAAGGAGCCAACCUGCUGAGCAUCACCGAGAUCCAUGAGCAGACCUACAUCAAUGGGCUGCUGACAGGGUACAGCUCCACACUCUGGAUUGGGCUGAACGACCUGGACAUCAAUGGAGGCUGGCAGUGGUCAGACAACUCGCCCCUCAAGUACCUCAACUGGGAGAGUGACCAGCCUGACAACCCCAGCGAGGAGAACUGUGGGGUGAUCCGCACCGAGUCGUCGGGCAGGUGGCAGAACCGCGACUGCGGCAUCGCCCUGCCCUACGUCUGCAAGAAGAAGCCCAAUGCCACCACAGACCCCUUCCUGACGGACUCGUGGUCAGAGGUGAAGGUGGACUGUGAGCCCAGCUGGCAGCCCUUCCAGUCCAACUGCUACCGGCUGGUGGGGGAGAAGAAGACCUGGCAGGAGGCGAAGAAGACCUGCCUGCGGAGCGGGGGGGACCUGGUCAGCAUCCACACCCUCUCCGAGCUGGAGUUUGUCACCAAGCAGAUCAAGCAAGAUGUGGAGGAGCUCUGGAUUGGCCUAAAUGACCUCAAGCUGCAGAUGAACUUCGAGUGGUCAGAUGGGACACCAGUGAGGUUCACCUACUGGCACCCCUUUGAACCCAACAACUUCCGUGACAGCCUGGAGGACUGUGUGACCAUCUGGGGACCGGAGGGGAGGUGGAAUGACAGCCCCUGCAACCAGAGCCUGCCCUCCAUCUGCAAAAAGCCAGGUCGGGUGAGCCAGGAGAAGGAGGAGGACAACCAUGGCUGCCGAAAGGGCUGGAAGUGGCACAGCCCCUCCUGCUUCUGGCUGGGCGAGGACCGCGUCCCCUACAGCGACGCCCGCAAGACCUGCUCCGACUCUGGCGCCACCCUGGUCACCAUCACCAGCAGGUUCGAGCAGGUGUACGUCAGCAGCCUCAUCUUCGGCUGGGAGGGGGAGUUCUUCUGGACAGCUCUGCAGGACAUCAACGAGACAGGGCAGUUCCGCUGGCUGAGCGGGGACCAGGCCAGGUACACCCACUGGAACCGCAACCAGCCCGGUUACAACAAGGGUGGCUGCGUGGCCCUGGCCACCGGCAGCUCCACGGGGCUGUGGGAGGUGAAGAACUGCAGCACCUUCAAGGCCAAGUACAUCUGCCAGCAGAACCUGGGCACCUCGCUCAGCCCCGAGCUGCCUGGGCCCUACCCCACACCCAGCCUCACCGCUGCCUGCCCGCUGGGAUGGAGCUCUGACUCUAAGCUUCGUCACUGCUACAAGGUGUUCAGCUUUGAGAAGCUGCAGGAGAAGAGGAGCUGGGUUGCGGCGCAGGAGUUCUGCCGGGAGCUGGGGGCCCAGCUGCUCAGCCUGGCCAGCUACGAGGAGGAGCACUUCAUUGCCAACACUCUCAACAAGAUCUUUGGGGAGUCAGAGCCAGAGCUCCACGAGCAGCACUGGUUCUGGAUUGGCCUGAACCGGCGGGACCCAGCAGGGGACAGGAGCUGGAAGUGGAGCGAUGGGCUGGGGUUUUUCUACCACAACUUUGACCGCAGUAACUACGAUGACGAUGACAUCCGGACCUGCGCGGUGCUGGACCUGGCCUCCCUGCAGUGGGUGCCCAUGCAGUGCGAAGCCCAGCUGGACUGGAUCUGCAAACUGCCCAAAGGUGCCGAUGUGAAGGAGCCAGAGAUCACCUCCCAAGGCAGCAAAGAGUGGGUGAGGUUCCAAGAGGCCGAGUACAGGUUUUCAGAGCACCACUCAACGUGGGUGCAGGCUCAUCGCAUCUGCAACUGGAACCAGGCGAAGCUGGCGUCCGUGCACAGCGAGGCCGAGCUGAGCUUCCUGGGCCAGAACCUCAAGAAGUUCUCCAGGGGCCAGGAGCAGCACUGGUGGAUCGGGCUGCACACCUUCGAGAACGAUGGCAGGUUCAAGUGGUCUGAUGGCUCCGUCCUCAACUUUGUCUCCUGGGCACCAGGCAAGCCCUGGCCCACCACCAGGGACAGCAAAUGUGUCUACAUGACGGCCAGCCGAGAGGACUGGGGGGACCAGAAGUGCAUGACAGACCUGCCCUACAUCUGCAAGCGGAGCAAUGGCACAGCCGCGAAGCCUUCCCUGCCACCACCGCCCGCUCCCGCCAGCGGGGGCUGUCCCCACGGGUGGCUUCCCUUCCUCGGCAAGUGUUUCAGCUUUCAUGGGCACGACAAGGCCGAGACGGUGAGGUGGCCAGAGGCCAAACAGGCAUGUGAGAGCCAGGGAGCUGUCCUGGCCACCAUCGCCAGUCCCCUGGAGCAGGCUUUCAUCACAUCCAUGCUGCCCAACAUCUCCUUUGACCUCUGGAUUGGCCUCCAUGAUGCCCAGAGGGAGUUCCAGUGGGUGGAGGGUGAGCCACUGCGGUACACGAGCUGGGCACCUGGCGAGCCCUCAGGCUGCAGUGCCUCCAGCCCCCGCGACAAGCCGACCAACUGUGUGGUGGUGUGGCAUGGCUCACCCCCCCACUUCACGGGCCACUGGGACGACCGGAGCUGCCUGGAGGAGAAGCAUGGCUACAUCUGCCAGCGGAGCCUAGACCCAUCCCUGAGCCCCACGCAGACGCCGUACCCGCCCUCGCCCACUGGCACCCUCUUUUACCACAACAGCACCUACCGCAUCCUGCAGAAGCCCCUCAGGUGGCACGAGGCCCUGCUGCUCUGCGAGACCCUCAAUGCCACCCUGGCCACCAUCCCCGACCCCUACAGCCAGGCCUUCCUCACCCAGGCCGUCAGCAGCCUGCAGGCUCCGCUCUGGAUUGGGUUGGCCAACGACAAGGGCAGCCGGAGCUACUCGUGGCUGGCAGAGGAGAACCUCUUCUACACCAACUGGCAGGAGAGGGAGCCCCAGCAGAUCACUGGCUGCACCUACAUGGAUGCGGAUGGGAGCUGGCGCACGGCUGGCUGCGACACCAAGCUGCAGGGGGGCAUCUGCCAGCUCCGAGCAGAUGCCCCCCGCACGCACAAGUGGAGCUACAGUGGCAGCUGUCCCAAGUCGCUGGAGGACUCAUCCUGGAUCCCCUUCCGGGACCACUGCUACACCUUCCACAUGGAGAUCACCUUAGGGCAGAAGGAUGCCAUGAGGAGAUGCCAGAAAGUUGGUGGUACAGUGUUGUCCAUCCAGGAUGAGAUGGAGAACAUCUUCGUGUGGGAGCAUCUCCAGGCGUAUGAAGGCCCAUCCAAGGGUGCCUGGCUGGGCAUGACCUUCAACCCCAAAGGUGGCACCUUGGUGUGGCAUGACAACACUGCUGUGAACUACUCCAACUGGGGCCAGCACGACACGGGGCCCAGCAUGCUCAGCCAGAACAGCUGCUACUGGAUCCAGAGCAGCAAUGGCGUGUGGCGCCUGGGCUCCUGCACCAACGUCACCAUGGGGGUCAUCUGCAAGAUGCCCCGAGUGGAGGAGAGCAGCUUUUCCAGGGCAGCGCUGCCCGAGAACACGACGGCCAUCGCGGUGGUGGUGCUGGCGGCCCUGGCGCUGUGUGCCAUGCUGGCCGUCGCCAUCUACCUGUACCGGCGGCGGCGCAGCGCCGAGCGCGGAGCCUUCGAGAGCGCUCGCUACAGCCGCACCACCUCCAGCCCCGGCGAGGCGGCCGAGAAGAACAUCCUGGUGUCCGACAUGGAGAUGAACGAGCAGCAGGACUAACGGCAG